AUGUUGUGUUCACACGGCACGUCUUGCGUUGCCGUAUCCGAUGGCCCCGAAUCGGAAUCCCAUGUGAACACGCCAUCCGGUUUUUUUGCAGGAGUGCGCACAGUGCCUCUCAUUAGUGUGAAAGCAAUGGACGUGAACAGUUUUGCUAUAGUAUACUGGUAUUAUCCAGUUAGCGCCUUUACAACUGUAAUGCGUCAGUUGAAAAAUGAUCCAUUACAAUUUUUAACUACUAUACCUACAUUUGAUAAUCUUUUGCAAAAACUAAAAAUCGCUUGGGCUAACCGACAUGUAUUCGGUUUCAAGAUCCGGCAAAUAAUCGAAUCUAGACCUGCUUGUAUCGUA